CCCAAUUCCUCGGCUUUCAUCUGACAGCCCAUCUUUCUGCACGUACAAAGGCCAUAAUCCCAGCCCCGUGCGACUGGAUAUCCUACCCCUUUAGCCCUUGCGCGAUCGUCUUUUACCUGCAGCAUCCUGAAGGUCCUGUCGGUCUUUGCCGCUUUGCGACUGCGCGCCGGACGACUGACUGACACACGUUGCCCCGGCUGCGUCUAGAAGCGUGCUUUGUUCCGGUCUCUUUUGGUUUACAUAUAUUUGGACACCGUCCACCUAAGCCCUCUUCAAGCAAACAGCGCCGCGCAUAAAUUCGGUUCACGCCCUAAAGUUCACCCGUCACGAUGGAGAAGGACGGCAGCGCAGCCGGCGCGGGGACGACGGGCGAGGCUAAGCCCGUGGUACCAGCUGUUGAAGAGAACAGGCCGGCGGAUGUGGUCGACGACGUGCCUGACCCCGACGAGGAUGAUCUGGACGACCUGGACGACAUGCUUGACGACUUUGCCGCGGUGAAUGUAGACACCAAGAAACCCGAACAACCAGUCGCGUCUUCUGCGACUGGUCCUGGAAAGCCCGCGGCGGUCACCGAAGAUGAGGUUGAUGAGAAGACGUUGGAAGAAAUGCUUUCAUCCGACGACUUCGCGAAGCAGCUCCAGGCUGGCAUGGCUGACCUGAUUGGCGAGUUCGAGAAAAAUCCGGAAAUGCAGGCGCAAUUUGACAACGUCUUCAAGCAGAUCAGCGCCGCUACAGGGGAAGCUGGGUCGUCUGAGGGGCAAGCGCACCCGCGGCCCACAUCUUCCUCGAGCAAAGCCCCGGCCUCGGAUCCGAUCGCCGACGGGUCCUUCCAGGAGACUAUCAAGAAGACCAUGGAGCGCAUGCAAGCGUCGGGUCAGCAGGCUACGGCGGCCGCGGCAGAAUCCUCUACCGAGGACCUCCUUGCCGAGAUGAUGAAGCAGUUCGGAGAGGGCAACAUGGAAGGCGGCGGCGGCAGCGAGGAGGAGUUCUCGAAGAUGCUCAUGGGCAUGAUGGAGCAGCUCACCAACAAGGAAAUCCUGUACGAGCCCAUGAAAGAGCUCAACGACAAAUUCCCCGAGUGGUUCGAAAAGAACCGCGCCAAGACGCCUGCGGAAGAUCUCAAGCGGUACGAGGAGCAACAGGCUCUGGUGAAGGAGAUCGUGGCCAAGUUUGAAGAGAAGACGUACGCAGACUCCAACUCAGCGGACAGAGAAUACAUCGUCGAUAGGAUGCAAAAGAUGCAAGCUGCCGGAUCACCGCCAUCAGACUUGGUUGGCGACAUGCCGUCAGCACAGGAUGCGUUCAACGGUGACGAGAGCUGUAAUCCGCAAUAAUUGGAAACAACUGCGACCGGCGUCUGAUAUAUAAUCCCACCACCAAGACCAUGACUUUCUUUGCCAUGGUCAUGCACAUGCAGAGAAGCCAUCCAUACCGUUAUCCGUCCGCCUAUCAAGAGGCCCAACGCCAUAAGCAAAUCAGAUUCCCAAAGCCAUACCUGACUCAACGCCAUUGUACAAAUGCAAAGACCGAAGUUGUCCAACUCCAGUCCAGACCACAGCACUCAACUUUC